AUGUCCGGGAUUCCAUUCAUUGGAUCAUUCUUUAGCACCAGCCGCAAAGCAUCUUCCAACAUGUCAUACCCAGUCCAGAAGUCUGACGACGACUGGCGGGCAGUCCUGUCACCUGCCCAGUUCAAAGUCAUCCGCGAAAAAGGCACCGAAGCGCCGUUUACGGGAGAAUACGACCAACACCAGCCCACCACCGGCGUGUACAACUGCGCCGCGUGCGACGCGCCGAUCUACAAGGCGAACCACAAAUUCAAGUCCGGGUGCGGAUGGCCCGCGUUUUUUGACGCCGUGCCGAACGCCGUAGUGCGCCAUGAGGAUACUACGCUCGGCAUGACGCGGACAGAGAUCGUGUGCGCCAACUGCGGCGGGCACCUGGGACAUAUCUUCAAGGGGGAAGGGUAUGAUACGCCGACCGAUGAGCGGCACUGUGUGAAUAGUGUUAGUAUCAAGUUUCACGAGAACGAGAAGAGCGAGGCGAAGGAGUCGAAGGCAUGA